AUGUUUCGUCGUCGACGCUUAAAGCAAAAGUUUGUACUUCCUGUUUCAACAACAACCGAACCGAAGGCGAAAUUUAAACGUGGAGCACGUUGUUUAUCUUGGACAAACUUGGCACUCGGUGCACUAAUUCCUUUAUCGAUAGGAAUUGGAACUGUUGUCAUCACUCUUCUUCAACAACGGAUUGAUAAUCAACGACAAUCCCAAGAACGUCUACUUGAUGAUCGUCGUUAUCAUCUGGAGCGAGAUCAGGCAGAUCAAUUGCAUUUGCAAGGUGUUUUCAAGACUUAUAUUCAAGACACAUCAAGCGUUCUCUUCAAAUUAAACCAGUCAACCCGUUUUCAAUCUGAAAGGUUAAAUUAUGCUUCAAAAGAGAUUAGAAAAAUACGUGUGUUAAGAAACUAA